AAGUGAGGGAGGAAAGCGCAAUCGGAUCGUUUACUUCUGCCCUGUAUGAGGAAAUAUAGACUUCCCUUACAGUCUGUUGUACUCACUGUAAAGUGGAUAUCGUAGUACGUACCAAGAGGGUGAUUCCCUUCUUUUUGUGAUUACAGAAGCCUUUUCUUCGACCAUGUCUUUCCCGCAGUUGGGAUAUCAGUACAUCAGACCGAUAUACCCCUCGGAGCGCCAGGGUAUCGGCGGCGCUAGAGCCGGGACAGAUCUUAGCCCGUCUGGGGCUCUCUCUAACGUUCUCUCUACUAUGUACGGAUCACCUUUCGCCGCUGCGCAAGGAUAUGGAGCUUUUCUACCUUAUUCAAAUGAUAUAUCAAUUUUCAAUCAAUUGGGAGCUCAAUAUGAGCUGAAAGACAGUCCAGGCGUCCAGCACCCAGGAUUUGCUCAUCAUCACCCUGCUUUUUACCCCUAUGGGCAAUACCAAUUUGGUGACCCGUCCAGACCCAAAAAUGCCACCAGGGAGAGUACUAGCACUCUUAAGGCCUGGUUGAGCGAGCACAGGAAAAACCCAUAUCCCACAAAAGGAGAGAAGAUCAUGCUGGCUAUCAUCACCAAGAUGACCCUCACUCAAGUGUCCACCUGGUUCGCCAACGCAAGGAGAAGGUUAAAGAAAGAGAAUAAGAUGACCUGGGCUCCCAGAAGUCGGACAGAUGAAGAAGGAAAUGAUUACAACAGCGAUCACGAAGGAGACAAGAGGGAGGACGACGAAGAGAUUGAUUUAGAGAAUAUCGACACGGAAAAUAUAGAAAAUAAAGACGAUCUCGAUGACCAGGAUGAUCUGCAUGCUGACUUGAAACUGGACGGCAGAAGUGACUCUGAAAUUUCAGACAGCUACGAGGACUUGCAAGGACCCGACCAGAGGUUUCUCAAAACUGUAGUGAAGGAAAGCAAGGACAUUCACGGGGAUCAAGACGAACAUUUCCAUCACCAUUCUUUAGAGAUUAAAGCGACACACCAUAACGGUGAGCAAUUAAAACUGAACCCCGCAUCCAUCAAUUCGCCGCCCAUCGAAAACAAUGCGGCUCCAGCCCAAAAGCCUAAAAUUUGGUCUUUGGCUGAGACGGCAACAGCUCCGGACAAUCCCAGAAAGUCUCCACUGAUGAAUGGAAACUCAGCUGCGUCUGCAACACAAGCAAUCAUUCCUCCUCAUAGACUUAUCUCUUGUCCCGUUGGGAAACUUCAGAACUGGACAAACAGAUCCUUCUCAGCCCAUCAACUCGCUUUAAUAAACUCAAACCAUUACCUCGGACUUGCCAACCAGGCUUCUGCGAACGGCCUUGCGAUGUAUGCCCGACAUACGGAGGAAAAAAGUCAUAAUUCAGAGUCAGCUGUAACAGACAGAUCUAGUGCCUUGGAAGCAGAGAAAAAGUUGUUAAAAACAGCCUUCCACCCAGUUCAAAGACGGCCUCAGAACCAACUAGAAGCCGCAAUGGUUCUAUCGGCGCUGUCCUCGUCAUAG